AUGAGCGAGGAGACCGGCCUGCCCGACACCCUAGCGGGCGCAUUCGACCCCUUGGCCGACGCCGCGGACCCCGACAAGGGCGGGGCAUCCAACGACGGGGCGGUCCAUGUGCGCGUGCAGCAGCGCAACGGGCGCAAGAGCCUGACCACGGUGCAGGGCCUGCCGGUGGGCUAUGACAAGCGGAAGAUCCUCAAGGCGCUGAAGAAGGACUUCUGCUGCAACGGCCACGUGGUGGAGGACCCGGAGCUGGGGCAGGUCAUUCAGCUGCAGGGGGACCAGCGGAAGAACAUCCUGGCCUUUCUGGUGCAGACGAAGCUCGUCAAGAAAGACCAGAUCAAGAUCCAUGGCUUCUGA